GUGAAUUUUAUUUUUAUAGCAAAUGGCGGACGACGCCGGUGGAAAUAGGGGAGGCUUUCGCGGGGGCUUCGGCAGCGGUGGCCGAGGCCGUGGCCGUGGAAGAGGCAGGGGCCGCGGUAGAGGCCGUGGAGCACGUGGAGGGAAAGCAGAUGACAAGGAAUGGGUUCCUGUAACUAAGCUUGGUCGUCUUGUGAAGGAUAUGAAGAUUAAGUCCUUGGAGGAAAUCUACCUAUUUUCCCUUCCAAUCAAGGAGUCUGAAAUCAUUGAUUUCUUCCUGGCUUCUUCUCUGAAGGAUGAGGUGCUAAAGAUUAUGCCCGUACAGAAGCAGACACGUGCCGGACAGCGAACUAGGUUUAAGGCUUUUGUGGCUAUUGGUGACUACAAUGGUCAUGUUGGUCUUGGAGUGAAGUGCUCUAAAGAAGUUGCCACUGCCAUCCGUGGUGCCAUUAUCCUGGCAAAAUUGUCCAUUGUACCUGUCCGCAGAGGCUACUGGGGUAACAAGAUCGGCAAACCUCACACAGUACCUUGCAAGGUGACUGGCCGUUGUGGCUCUGUGCUGGUGCGGCUCAUCCCAGCCCCCAGGGGUACUGGUAUUGUGUCUGCUCCUGUCCCUAAGAAGCUGCUGAUGAUGGCUGGAAUUGACGAUUGCUAUACAUCAGCAAGGGGUUGUACGGCUACGCUGGGUAACUUUGCUAAGGCUACAUUUGAUGCCAUCUCAAAGACCUAUAGCUACCUGACUCCUGACCUCUGGAAGGAGACAGUGUUCACCAAGUCUCCAUACCAGGAAUACACUGACCAUCUGGCUAAGAAUCACACCAGAGUGUCCAUGCAGAGGGCGGCCCAGGCUGCCGCAGUUCCUGCCCCCUCCUAAAUUUUCUGUCUAAGAAAAUAAAGUAAACAACGUUUUUGACA